AUGUCUUCAUGGCUGUCUCGAAUCGAAAAUCUACAGCAAUGCCUUGACGACUUUCGUUUCUCGACCAAUGACUCGGCCAACGAACUCCUACAGCUUCUAUGCGACAUAUGCACCGUUGUCCGCGAGGCCGACGCCAACGAUGCAACAGAUCUAUCCGUUAUUGUAGAGAGAUCUCAUGCCAUACUCAACCAUGGCAUCGCUCUAGCAUAUGAUCAAGAAGAUCUUUUCGAUUUUCUGCCGUCGUUUGCCCACAAUGAUGAAUCUCCCGUCGUCGCCGACUCUCUUCAGAUGCCGUUUGGUCAGAGUACUGUCGAUACUUUAGUUCCUCUAUUUCAGGAGUGGUAUUCGCGGAUCAAGAGCGAGGACGGCACACAGAAACCCAUACCCACGCUUCCUGGACCCGGAAGAUGGGACGAGGCCUCUCAACCGCACGGAGAAACGACCCGUCUCUCUAGGUUUCGUCCUGACAUCGCAGUAACUGUGACGCCCGACGCACGGCUAGCCACCGUCAUUCAUCAGGCUCGAUGUGGAAUUACUUGCGACCAUAUCUACUCUCCUUCAAACCUUGUCAUCUCUCCGCGCUCGUCUUUUAUGGCUGUAACUGCUGCCGGAGGCUGGAAGAAUCUUGACCCUGUCGUACACUGGUAUGAUCUCGAUAAUCCAGGAUACAUGGACCAAAACACGUCGUUCCGACCUGCGCUAUCGGAUAUUACCCAUGCAGUGGCCACAGACGAAGACGAGAAGCUUCUAUUCGUGGCCGACUCGCGCUGUAUACAGGCUUAUGAAGUAGGCUCGCGCUCAGUGGAGAAUCCGGGGCACCCGUUGAAAGCGUUGUAUACGCUCCAGUCAGAUGGCUGCGAUCGUGAUGUGGCCAUCAUGCCUAACCGGCGGCUCGUACGUGCUGGAAAGGGAAGGGCAUUUGUUUGGAAUAUCGAUCUAACGCAAAUGCUGGAUGACAAACAGACUGGCGAGGGAACGCCGGACGCGGACAACCAACAUGACGAUCGUGCCAGCCCUUUAGUUUCAGUCGCUGUGUUUGCUGACUCUAAUCUCAUGCCUUCGUCCUGGCGUCUUCAUGAACCCACUAGUUGGAUGCUCUGUGGUGAAAGCGGACGCCUCGAUCGUGCAUAUGGAUGCUAUGCGCUCGACUUAGAACAUGGAGGCCAGGUCGCGUCACGGUUUCUCGGACAUGGUGGCGACACAACGAGUUUCUCGACCAGCGAAGGCGACGCAAAUCUAUUCGCUACUGCUUGCAGCGACGGCUAUGCUAGGCUGUAUGAUCUUCGUCAUCCUCUACCCGUGAUGACCUUUAACUCUGGCAAGCAAGCUGAGCCAUGCUCGGACGUGGUGCUUGUUCACCCUGACGGCCUCCCGAGUUUGUUCACAGGGGGAGAAACCAGUCAACAGAUUAAGAUGUGGGAUGUUCGCGCACGUGCUGCCAUCUACGAGCUCUCUACAGGCAACAAUGCGGUUGUGUCCAUGGCAUGGGAUACCCGCAGCUCAAGUCUUUUUGCGGCAACGGAGUGUCAGUAUAUGGAUCGUCUUGGGUACACACACGACUACAGAAAGGCGCGAAUUCCCCCAUGGGCAGACGACCGCGUUGGAGAGAAUGAACUUGACGAUGAGGAGGACCGGGGUUGGCCUAUCAAAGCGUUCCAUGGAGAGGACUUCUUCGGUUAUUGCUUUGAUGCCGGUGAACAUACUCUCUUCCGAUAUACCUUCAAACCUGACGAAGAUCCUGGACCCAAAGAGCUGCCUGCCUUUGGACAGGCUUCGCUGUAUCAUACGUCAUGGUAGACGCAUGGCAAUCGAUUGUCGCAUCUGCGAGGAUUCAGUGUGAGCGCAUCAGCUCAAGAGAGUACGACCAGUCAAGCAAUCACAUUCCCUCCUGCGAAUAACGCUAAACACGGUGUAAGGAGCUUUAAAAGCGCCUACACACACCACUACCAUCUGGACCACUACGUCGACUGAUUACGACUGGCAAGAAUAGCCAAGAAUAGCUUGGACCAUGCUACCGCGGGAGAGGACACUGGGGAAGGAUCAUUGAGGAUUUUGAGCGACACGUGCGCUGUGGUGUACGAUGUGGACACCUUCCCCUUAACGACUCCUGGAAACCCCUCAUCCGCUCCGACGCACCCUCCUCCCCUCUUCGAAACUGAACACGUUCCAACCUGCCUAUAUGACCACCUUGGACUUCGUAUCUCAUAUGACUACUUUAGCCUACUUGCACAUUACUAUAGUA